GUAGUAGUCUGUGCACUGGGGCACUCCUAGCUGUGUACGCUCAAGCCCGGUAAUUGCAAUCAGCUCCGGGAAACCAUGGCCGAACAGGCCCCGGGAUCCUCCCGGUCGUCUCAGGAUGACGGGGUUCUCCAGCAGCGAGUGACUGAGCUGGAGCAUGAGCGAGCUGAGAUGCUCAAGCUUAAGCAGCAGCUGGAGAUGGAGUUCAACCAGAAGCGAGCCAAGUUUAAGGAGCUCUACCUGUCCAAAGAAGAGGAGCUGAAGAGGCAGGCGGGCUCUCUGGAGACGGCCCAGGCAGAGCUGCGGCAGGUCCAGGCCCAGCUGGCCGAGGAGCGCGCCGAGAUGGAGAACAUCAAGGCCGUGGCCACCGUCUCCGAGGACACCAAGCAGGAGGCCAUCGACCAAGUCAAGCAGCAGUGGCAGGACGAGGUGGCCUCGCUGCAGGCCAUCAUGAAAGACACGGUGCGGGAGUACGAGGUGCAGUUCCACCAGCGGCUGGAGCAGGAGCGUGCCCAGUGGGCGCAGUACCGCGAGAACACGGAGCGCGAGAUGGCAGAGCUGCGGCGGCGGCUCUCCGAGGGCCAGGAGGAGGAGAACCUGGAGAACGACAUGAAGAAGGCCCAAGAGGAUGCCGAGAAGCUGCGCUCUGUCGUCAUGCCGAUGGAGCAUGAAAUAGCGGCUCUGAAGGCCAAGCUGACGACCUCUGAAGACCGCGUGAAGGAACUGGAGGCCUCCAAGGUGAAGGAACUGAAUCAUGUUCUGGAGGCAGAGAAGUCGUGCCGCACUGACUUGGAGAUGUAUGUGGCAGUGCUCAACACACAGAAGACCGUGCUCCAGGAGGACGCAGAGAAAAUGCGCAAAGAACUUCACGAAGUGUGUCACCUGUUGGAGAUGGAGCGGCAACAGCACAAUCAGCUAAAGCACACCUGGCAGCGCGCCAACGACCAGUUCCUGGAGUCCCAGCGGCUGCUGAUGCGCGACAUGCAGCGGAUCGAAAGCGUGCUGACCUCAGAGCAGCUGAGGCAGGUGGAGGAGAUCAAGAGGAGGGAUCAGGAGGAUGACGAGAAAGAGAGGAUCAGCCAGGCGAAGGACGAGGACGACGGCACGGAGCCUGCUGAAGCUGCAGAGGACUCCCUUAUGGGCCUGUCUAUAGAUGAGGGUCAGCCCAACCAUAGCAUGCACAGCUCUUUGCACUCGCUGGACGCGGACACGCCAGGGCGAGCUCCGGCCGGCUCGGACCUGUACCAGGACGGCCUGCGGCGGGUCCAGUCCACCGACAGCCUGGGCUCGUCCGGCGGCGCCGCGCUGCAGCAGCACACGCACGCGCACGGCCUGGGCGGCCACAACCACAAGGCCAAGUCCGCCAGCCAGCUGGACGAGUCCGACUUCGGGCCGCUGGUGGGCGCCGACUCGUCGGGCAACUUCGAGGGCUUCGAGACGGCGUCGAUCAGCUCGCUCGGGCCCGCCGCCGGUCACUUCCUGCUCACCAAGGACCAGGAGAAGGCCAUCAAGGCCAUGACGCCGGAGCAGGAGGAGACGGCCUCCAUCCUGUCCAGCAUCUCGCACGCGCCCGAGAACGCCUACCUGCCCCCGUCCGGCUACCGGCUGGUCAGCGAGAGCGAGUGGAACCUGCUGCACCAGGAGCUGAAGAACGCUGGCAGGAAGGUGGGCCGCCGAUGUGACAUGUGCUCCAAUUAUGAGAAACAGCUGCAGGUCAUCCAGGGUCAAGAGGCCGACACUCGUGAUCAGGUGAAGAAGCUCCAGAGCAUGCUGCGGCAGGCCAACGACCACCUGGAGAGGACCAUGAACGAGAAACAGGAACUGGAGAACUCAAUGAAGCAGGGCAACGAGGAAACGGCUGCCAAGAUAUCUGCUCUGAACCAGAAGGUGCAGGAGUCGGAGGGGCUGCUGGGCGGUCUGCAGCAGGCCUUCAGUCAGGCCAAGAGGAGCACCCAGGAGCAGAUGGCCGUGCUGCUGCACUCCAGGGAGCAGGUGGCCGAGGAGCUGAGCCGGCUGCAGAGGGACAACGAGAGCCUGCAGGGCAAACACCGCCUGCACCUGUCCCUGCAGCAGCAGGAGCACUUCCAGCUGCCCACCGCCACCGAGGAACUCCAGUCGCUGGUGAUGCAGUACCGGGAGGACAUCGUUUCUGUGCGCACAGCGGCGGAGCACCUGGAGGAGAAGCUGAAGGCGGAGAUCCUCUUCCUGAAGGAGCAGAUCCAGGCGGAGCAGUGCCUCAAGGAGAACCUGGAGGACACCCUGCAGCUGGAGAUCGAGGGGUGCAAGGAGGAGAUCGCCUCGUUUUCCAGUCUGAAAACGGAACUGGAGCGCGUGAAGGCGGAGAGAGAGCAGCUGGAGAAGUCCCUGGCGGAAAAGACGAAGACGCUGGAGACUGUGCAGGCCGUUAGGAGCAGAAUGGAGGAGCAGCUCAAGGAGGCCCUGACCAGCAAGACGGCGCUGGAGAGCCAGGCGUUGGACGAGAAAGAUAAGGCGCAGCGGCUGCAGACGGAGCUGGAUGUCAGUGAGCAGGUGCAGAGGGACUUUGUGAAGCUGUCCCAAACUCUGCAGGUGCAGUUAGAACGCAUCCGGCAGGCCGACUCCUUGGAUCGCAUCAAAGUCAUCCUGAACGACACCAACCUGACAGACAUCAGCCAGCUCCCGGAAACAUGAUGACCCCCGCACCCUACCCCCCUUCCAUCUCCCAGUCAUCCCUGCAGUGUCAGUGUCUCUCUCUCUCUCUCUCUCUCUCUCUCUCUUUCUUCUCUCUCUCUCUCUCUCUCUCUCUCUCUCUCUCUCUCUCUCUCUCUCUCUCUCUGACAGGCCGCCUCCUCACCACUGUGUCCGCACCACCUCAUGGCCUCUCUGAUGGGGGGGGGCAUGAGGCUGCUACCCUCCACCUUUCUUUUUUAACAAAAUAAAAACAAACAAUAAUAAUAAGAAUAAUAAUAAUAACAGCAACAAAAAAAAUCACUACCCUCUGCAAACAACUUGUGAGCGAAAUGAAAAGGACAACAAAAAAAGACGACAGGCCUUCAGAGGGGGAGGACAAAAUGACGACUAAAACUGUGGAUGGUGUCGGAUGACGGAGAAGAACCGCUCCUGUAGAACACUACUGUUGGACUGGAUGGUGACUUGGUGGAUGUAAAUAGACAGUUUGCGGAGAGCGGUGGACCUCUGGUGGAGGCUCUGCCUCCUGGGAACCCUCUGCCAAGUUCUGCCCUGAGAUGUGAGAGUUGUGGUUCUGUUUUGUUUUUGUUCUGUUUGUUUGUUUGUUUGUCUGUUUGUUUUGUUUUUUUAAAAUCAUUGCACUUCUAAAUGAUGGCAACUUCUCAUUUAGCUAAUGGUAACACGCAGGGCCACAACAUUCCCCCCACCCACCACCAUGUUGCACCUCCUGAUGGCAAGCGAGCAAAUGACACCUGGCUGAUCAAACUCUCCAUCUGUCUGUGAUCUGAUCGUUCUUUCGUUCUGCGCUCUCCGCGUUGGCUUUGGCCCAGCUUUGGCCCAGAUUCUCAUGCUCACCCCACUCGCCAGGCACAGCCUCGGCCUCGGCCGGAAUGAAGGAGACGCACUGUUAGGUGUUUGUACAUACGGUGUAAACAGAAUAUAUUGCACCAAUUAAGUUAAUGAAUGAAUGACUGAGUGAGUUGAUGAGUGAGUGUAUGAGCUAAUGAAUUACUGAAUGCAUUGUUGAGGUAUGUGGUUUCUCCAUACGCCGUCCCGUGUGAAUCCAGUGAUGGAUCAGUCUGUCAUGUCACCCGACAGUCGUGCUGCCCUGUCUUCGUAGUUUCUCCUGCUUUUUGGCUCUCAGUCCAUAUGGCCUCCAUAGACUCUCUCUCGCUCUCUUUAACAGUGCCACUUUGGGCUUUUCAUAAACUAUACACCAACAGGGGAAAUGAUCGGACAUCUUAAUUGUGUUUUACAUUUUGUUUUCUUAAACCUGUUUACAGUGUUUCUUAUGUUGGGUUGCUAAAACCUUGAUGUUGCUGAUGAAUACUUCCUAGGAUGUCUUAGACUUUUUGCAGUAUCCCCUUUUGCCAUAUUUGAUUUUGAGAUCAAAAUCCAGCAAGCCAGUUGUCUGGGUUGUACCACUAAUGGCUAAAGCAUGCCACCUGCCAUGAGCUCUGUUCAGUUCAACAUGCAGGUGCAAAGGCCUAUCGAUGAAUGCAUUCAGCAUGUGAAAAAAGAAACAACUCAAAAGUACACUAUUUUCUGGGUUUUGCUUUCUGUAGGUAACUUCACAGCCCUCUGUGUCAGGUUGAAAAGCACUAAAAGCAAUGUGUGAGUGUAAAUGUGUAUAUGCCCCCAUGCAUAUGUAUGUACAUUUGUAUAUGCCCCUAUGCAUAUGUAUGUACAUUUGUUUGUGUUUCUGUGUGUUUUGGAAUUGACUCUUGUGCUCCACGCCAUGCAGUGCUGAGUGGUUUUGUGGGAGUGAAACCACGGACAUUUGUGGCACAGGUUGCCUUCUCAACACAAUGAGUGUCUACGGUGUUUUGAAAUUACAUGGUCAGUGCAUAGACUCAAAAUGCAGACUCAUACUUAGAGAGUGACAGUAUUGGAUUUUUUUUUUUUUUUUAAGGGCUACGUAAUAAUGCUUCACUGAUUUUUGACAUCGCUGCUGAUCUUGACAGACACUACUUUAAGCCUAAGCACAGUGUGUGUGAGGGAAAGAUCUCACUAUUCUACUGGCUGGUUGAUGUUGAGAAAUUUCACAGAGUUUGCUGCAGUGUGGGUUUGGAGAACCGCACUUGAGAUGUCUGAUUGGGGUGUCUGCCCCCCCCCCCCCCCUUGUUUCCUCCAGAGGAAAUUUGUCAGACGUGACUGCAUGAUUCAUGUUUUUUCCGAGUCUAUAAAAGUCUGUUUGGGAAAUCAGUUUAAUGCUGUGCUACUGAUCCUCAUCCAAAUAUACAGCCACAUACUUUUUAAUGCAGUGUGCAAAUCCAGAUUCUGGUUCAUAUUCCUGUAAAAGAUUCAUGUAAUUCCCCUUUGUAACAUUGAAACAGGAAGUUGUACUAUGACAAUGUCAUUUAAUGACUUUGCUGUUACCACUGUCUGUCUUCACUUUUCUCUUCAUCAUUUUAACCUUUGACAUUUGACACUGGUUUACAAAGUGAUUUUACUCUAAUUUCAGGUGUCACCAUUGACCUGAAUCAGCUGCUUGGUAGUGCUUUAAUUGGCCUGUGAAAUAAAUGAAUCCCGAUAACACAUGAAGUGAAUCGUAUAGAGAGAAGGUGAAGAGCUGUAAAACAAAGCUCUCGUUGUGAAGAUUAAACAAUAUGGCUGCUGCUGCUGAAGUUGUGCAAAGAGACCCCUGGUUCUUCUCCCUCGCGCUUGGGGGCAGGACGCGAUCCGCGCCGUGGAACAUGUUGUGAUGUCUCUCAGGUCGUGUUUGUCUUUAUUUUGGCUUCUGCGGAUCGCUCGCUGUCUUGCCAGACACGCACACUUGCUGCCUCUGUGCACACGGAGUUUGGUUUAAAAAAAAAAAGAGAGAAAAAAAAAAUGUACUGCUUCGUCUUGGCUUUCAGAGAAAAGGAUUUCCUCAAAGGUCUCUGUGCUUCUGCAUUUGGUCUGCUUUGGUUCUUCAGUUGUGCAACCUCGUUCUUAGGAAUGAUGCCCAUAUGUCUUGUCUAGGUUUU